CAUCCGCGGUCACACUGAAGCAAAUAGAAAUAGCUCUUUUAAGCUAUUAUUUAUUUAUUAUGUUGCAACAAAUUAAGAUGCUGCUGCUCAGCAUCGUUACGCUUUGCCGGCGUGCCUUAUGCUGCUUCUCGCGGCGCCGCAAGAUGAGCCACAGCGGCGGUGGCAUCACAUCCAACGGGGACCAGCUAAUGGCCGUCAAUGUGAUUGUGGAGCGGGGGGAUUUUGCUACGUCUGCGGGAUCAGCAGGUGGUGCUGGCAAUCGGUCCGUAGGAAGGGAACGGGACUGGAACUCGUGGGAUGACAGUCCCAGAACCGUGGAGGAGCACAUAGAGCAAUAUCGUCAGCGCAUGGCGCAGCCUCCAACGCCGCCCAAAGAAGAGCCCGAACCAGAUUUCUUUAGUGAGCUGACACCCACCAUCAAGCCACAAGUGAAAUACUUUCUGGACGAUCCCACAGCCUCAGCUGCGUCCAGCCAAGCAACUGACUUCUCAAGACUGCAGGCCCAAGAUGUGGUACCCAUCAGCGACACUGCCGAUCUCGAGGACUGGGUGGAUGACAAUCCUGGCGGCUGGGAGGAGCUGGACACAUCCGGGACCAAGCAAAUCAUACGCGAAAAGCGGCGAGAGGCGCGCCAACAACGUCAACCCUUGACAAGAGCCGUCCAGCCGACCAUUGGAGCCCAGCGUCUGAGCGACAUUCAUCGCGUUGCGUAGCUGUCAGCUGACCUCCCCCGCCACUUCCCUUC